AUGCCCACCCCUAAAAAAGAAGAUUGGGAACGAAUAUCCAAUGAAUUUUGGGAAAUAUGGAAUUUCCCGAAUUGCAUUGGCGCACUGGAUGGCAAGCACGUGGUAAUUGAAGCACCCCCUAACAGCGGAUCAUUGUACUUCAACUAUAAAAAAACAUUUUCCAUUGUAUUACUUGCACUAGUAGAUGCCCAGUAUAAGUUCAUUGCUGUGGAUAUUGGAGCCUAUGGGAAAAACAGCGAUGGUGGUAUUUUGUCACAUUCGAAUAUGGAAAAAGCUCUCAAAAAAAACAAAAUGAAUAUACCAAGUGAUCGUGAACUUCCUGGGACAAAUGAGAAACUUCCGUAUGUUAUUAUAGGUGAUGAGGCAUUCCCACUGAAAAAUUAUUUAUUAAGACCUUACCCAAGUCCCCAAAUAUACGAAGAUGAGCAAAAAAAAGUAUUCAACGAACGGCUUUCAAGGGCGAGAAAAGUGGUUGAAGAUGCUUUUGGACAAAUUACUGCCAAGUUCCGCAUUUACUGUAGACGUCUUAAAGCGUUACCUCAAAACGCAGACAAAAUUGUUAUGACUACUUGCAUUCUUCAUAACUUUAUAAAAAAAGAUGGACCAGAAACUCAAAAUCAUGAACUGCCAUUAAAUUCGACAAGUUUACCUAAUCACAUAAGGUCAUUCCCUCGACAAGGAGGCAGUGCACAAAAACGCGCAUUCGAAUACCGAGAUAAAUAUAAAACAUUUUUUUGCUCUCCAGCUGGACAAUUACAUUGGAAAUAA